CCGCCAUUGACAAUGUCAAGCUUAAGAGCUUCGUGACGAAUAUUUUCAUUCCAAUGAUCUAAAUUUCUCGUGUUUUACAAAAUUGCUAAGUGAGAAUGGAAGACCCCAAAUUGACAGACAGAGAAAGUUCGCGAAUUAUUAAAGAGAAAAGUCUUGAUUAUGUUCCUGAUCCUCGAGGAUUAGGAUAUGAGUUGUAUCAAGCGAUGUUUCUUAAUCAAAAUGCGGUGGCGCAGAUUGACGCAGAAAGUGGAUGUACUGAAUCAUAUGGCAAUCUUCUUCAGAAAUGUAUACGCACUGCGAUUCGUCUACUUGUCGCAGGAAUCACGAAACGUGAUAUAAUAUGCCUCUGUAGCAACAAUCAUAUUAACAGUUGUGUCCCAAUUAUUUGCUCUUUUUUUCUGGGAGUUCCAGUGGCUCCUUUAGAUCCUACACUAACUUACGAUGAGGCUUUGGAAAUACUUGCACAAGUCAGACCGCGAAUUAUUUUUGUUAGCCCAGAUGUGGUUAACAUAAUCGAAAAAGCACUUUCAGAAAUAGAUGUAGAAUGUGGUAUUGUAGUAUUUGGAUCAAGUCCGGAUUAUAUUGAGUUUGACUCAUUUUUGGAAUCAGACGAGAAAGAAAGUCACUUCCAGCCGUUACCAAUAACGGAAAUUAAAGAAACUGCAGUCAUUGAAUUUACUAAAGGUCAAAAAUGUAACUACAAAGGUGUUUGUUUAAGCCACUAUGCACUCAUGAUGCAAUGUGUAAACACAAUAUCUUGUUGCAACUUCGGAAACACGUUUUGCUUGACCAAUCGCAUAAAUGGUUUUGUAACAGCUUUGAGUUUCAACACUUUUGCCAAAAUCUCUGAAAUUGAACUUCUCUGCUGCUGUACUUUUGCCGGAAUUACUAAAAUAGUUUGUGACAACUUUGAUCCUACAUUUGCUUGGRGCAUCAUCGAUAAAUAUAAAGUAAGUUUCAUGUCUUGUACUUCAUUCCAAGCGGUUCAAUUGUACAAAACUGGAAAACCUGAAGGAGUUGGAGGCAAAAGUUUGAAAAUGCUUCAAACGCAAGGAACUUCUUUGUCAAGAACAAAUCUCUUUGAAUUGAGAAAACUUCUCCCAUAUUGCUUUAUUUCAAAUAGUUAUGGAUUAACUGAAACCAGUGGUCGUAUUACAAUGUUUGCGUUCACAAAACCGGGAGAUAUAAGAGAUCAAUACGAAAAUCCCACUUCUUGUGGGAAGUUAGUGGCGGGAAUGACUUGUAAAAUAGUUGAUCCCAUUACUGAGAAAAUAUUGGGUCCGAAUGAAGCCGGUGAAUUACGUUACAAAAGUGAUUUAAUGAUGAAUGGGUAUUUCAAGCAAGAUUUUUCUGAUCUAUUUGAUAAAGACGGUUGGGUGAAAACCGGAGAUGUUGCUCUUUAUGACGAAAAACAUCGUUUCUUUGUCCUGAAUCGCCUGAAAGACGUCUUUAAGUGUUACAGUUGGCACAUUGUUCCUGUGAUUAUUGAAAACGUUAUUAAAGAGCAUCCCGKUGUUAAAGACGCUGCUGUUAUUGGAAUAUUUGAAGAUAUUAAAGCUUGGAACCAAAUACCUAUGGCAGUUGUGACUUUAAAUAAAGACAUGCGUAACAAGGUAACAGACAAAGACAUAGUAAUAUGGGCAAAUAGUAAAUUAAGCAAAAAACAAAAUCUGAAAGGAGGGUUGAAAAUUGUUAAACAAAUUCCAAUCACUAUUAUGGGAGAACCAAAAAGGCAAGAAAUUAAAGACGUGGUAUUGUCUAAAUAUUUGUAAUUGUAAAGGGUAAAACACAAUUAAUGGUUUAAUGUGACGCACUAAUCUGCAAUGUCCAACUCCGCC